AUGUGGUUGCGUUGCCUUAACAACGAGGAGGCUUGUAAGUUCAUGGGUGAAGUACAUGAGGGAUUUUGUGGUGCUCAUCAGUCCGGACCUAAGAUGAAGGUCAGAAUUAAACGCCUUGGUUAUUACUGGCUGACCAUGAUCCAGGUAGUGGGUCCUAUUGACCCUCCUUCCUCUAAGGGUCAUAGGUUUAUUCUGGCUGCUACUGAUUACUUCUCUAAGUGGACAGAAGCUAUCCCGCUUAAGGAAGUUAAAUCAGAAGAUGUGAUGCGUUUCUUUCGCGAUCAUGUUGUCUACUGUUUUGGUGUUCCGUGCCGUAUAAUUUCGAAUAAUAGUCCGUCUUUUAGAAGCACUAAAAUUGCUAUAUUUGCUCUCUGCCAUAACAAAAAUUGGAGGUACUCCUCGAUUUACUAUCCUAGGGCUAAUGGUUUGGCUGAAGGAUUCAAUAAGACCUUAGUCCAAUUAAGAAGAAAGAUACUUGUGGAAAAUAAAAGAGAAUGGUACGAAAAAUUGCUUGAAGCAUUAUGGGCUUAUAGGACUACAUAUCAUACUCUUACUCAGUGUACACCAUAUGCUUUAGCUUUUGGGGUUGAAGCCGUCCUCCCACUUGAGGUCGAGCUCCCUUCGUUACGUGUAGUAAUUAGUCAUAAUCUUUCUCAUGAAGAUAAUGCCCGACUCCGCUUGGAAGAGCUUGAUGGUUUAGAAGAGCUUCGUUUACAAGCUUAUCAGAACCUUAAGUUGUCCAGGCCCAUAUGGCCCAGGCACAUGAUUGCCUUGUCCGACCCCGUGCUUUUCAGGUCGGGGAAUUAG